UUUCGGUUCAUUUGAGUGUUAUCUUUCCCGAGUAUUUGGAGUUUCAGUUAUAGACUAUUUUAAUAAUGGCAACCUUCGUGACAUUGAAUACCGGAGCAAAAAUGCCGCUUGUCGGUCUCGGAAGUUGGAGGUCCUCCCCGGGCCAAGUGGCUGGGGCAGUGAAGGCAGCCAUUUCAGCAGGAUACUGCCACAUUGAUGGGGCUUAUCUCUACAAGAAUGAGACCGAGGUUGGGGAGGGGAUUCAUGCCAUGAUCAAGGAGGGCGUGGUGAAGAGAGAGGACCUGUUUGUGGUCAGCAAGCUGUGGUGCACCUUCCAUGAAAAGUCCAUGGUGAAGGCUGCCUGUCAGAAGACCCUGACUGACCUGAAGCUGGACUACCUGGACCUCUACCUAAUUCACUGGCCAAUGGGUCUGACGGCUGAGACAGAGGAAUUUCCUCUAGACAGCGAGGGGCUCACCGUGUCAGAUGGCACCAGCUUUUUGGAUACUUGGGAGGGUAUGGAGGAGCUGGUAGAUGCUGGGAUGGUCAAGGCCAUUGGAGUCUCCAACUUCAACCAUGAACAGAUUGAGGCCUUAUUGAACAAACCGGGCCUGAAGUACAAACCUGCCAACAACCAGAUUGAAUGCCACCCCUACCUGACCCGGGAGAAGCUGAUCAACUACUGUCACUCCAAAAGCAUCUCUGUCACAGCAUACAGCCCCCUGGGCUCUCCAGACAGACCAUGGGCCAAACCAGAGGACCCCUCUCUGCUGAAUGAUCCAAUUCUCAAGGCUAUUGCUGAAAAGCACAACAAGAGCACAGCACAGGGUUUGAUCCGGUUCCAGGUUCAGAGGAAUGUGAUUGUCAUUCCAAAGUCGAUCACAGCUCACCGCAUCCAGGCAAACUUACAGGUUUUUGAUUUUGAACUAAGUGAGGAGGAAAGGAAGACCAUCCUAGGGUUCAACAGGGACUUUAGAUGCUUUCCCAUGCUUUCGAGUGUGAAUCACAAGGACUUUCCCUUCAAUGCAGAAUUCUGAGGCCAAUGAGAGAAUCAAAUAAUUGGUCUUUCUCCACAUCUGCUCUCCUUUUGUUUCUCCGUGCUAAUCUCACUCUUGAAAUGUUGUCCCAUUUUUAAUGUGAGUACAACAAAUUCAAAGCAACUGACGUGUUUAACCACAGUGCAGCCUACACGCAGAUAACCUUGGCUGGCAUCCAAUCUUUCUCUGUAAUGGUUUAGGACAAAAUGCUUCUUUUUUUUGCUUUAAUUAAAUGUCAUGCUUUUAAUUAAUGUCAAAUAAAUGUAUACUUUUAGAG